AUGUCCUCUAAUUUCAUUUAUCAAUGUCUCUACUGUUAUUACUUUUCAGGUAGACCCACUCAAGUACAAAUUCAGGAUGAAGCGAAUGCUGCACUUCAGAGCCAACUGGAGGAACAGAAGGCGCAGGAGAUGGAACAGUUGGAGUCGGACAUUAUCCAAGUGAACGAACUGUUCACCACUCUGGCCACGUAUGUCCAUGAGCAAGGCACGUUGGUCGACUCCAUCGGAGACAACAUCGAGGUCGCUUACGAAAAGGUCGAGGCGGGCACCCAUCAACUUGAUUCGGCCGUCAGCCACCGCAAAUCCGUGCGACGUCGGAAAUGCAUUUGCAUUAUCAUCACUGUCGUGAUCCUAAUUCUGAUUGCCCUGGCGAUUGGACUCUCGGUCCGAUAAAUCGUGUCACUACUGUUCUCCCGUGAAAUCCACUGCGCUUUCCAGCACCCCUGCUGCUCUCUUUCACUCAUCUCUCACUGUCCAUUUCAUACCGUGCUCUCCUGAAAUAUUUCCUGUCACAUUUCCAGGUGUUCUUUCCUCGUUCUGCUUUCGUUUUAUUUUGUAAUUCAUAAUUUCUGCCUGAUUCAAUUAACAAUUUCACACAGGUUUGGCUGUAUGCCGUGUUCACCGUGUGUUGGGGCUAUUUUCCAGACAUCUUUUGAUUACUUUUUCUCUGAAUAUGACCCCCAUGAUAUCUUUAGAUUACUGGAAGCCUUUGCUUCUCGUUUUAUCUAAAGCAUCUGUCUACUGAAACUGGACUGGAUGUUUCCUUCCACGAGUGAGCACGAAUUCUAUGUGCUCACUAUAUUUCCCAGUCACUAUCUGAUCGAUCAGCAAUAGACAAGUGUAAUUUGCUAUCAUCGAUGCAAAUGGUUCGUCAUUUUGUGACUUCCGAAUAUUGCGCUCUAUGCAGCCACUUAUAUGAGUGGGGGAACCUCUGACUUUCUCCAAAUCCGACAGUUCGAUCAGAGUUUUCACCAAAUUUGCAACCGUAGCCAAACAUGGCCUUGCAAUUUUCUUAACUUCUAACUGAUCACAUACGAUUCGCCUAAUCCAACCGAAAUUCGCCACUUUGUUCUGAUUGUUUUGUUAUGCUCAUCUGUUACUUGUUUUCUUGUGAUUUAUCUGCUGUUAUUAUUUUUGGGCAUCUACCGAUGAGUUUUUUUCCUACACGAGUACAUUUUGUUUACAAAUAGUCGCGUGGAAACAUCCUGAAUUUUCCGAGAACACUGGAAUCUCGCACCAAUGGAAGACAUGAUCCGCAGUGAUAUGCGAUUUUGGAGUCUUCUAGAUCAUGAAUUUAAAUUUCCCGUACGCAUUUGUACGUUGGUCCUUGACAGGUUGUUUUGGAUGUAUACCUUUCGUCUCAAUGUCUCAGUGCCGACAUGUUAUUCCGACAACUCUUUUCGGAACUAAUACCUAUCCAACACCAUUUAUGUGACAGAAAUGAGAUAGGGUGUUGCCAGUAGUAACAAGUGAGCUGCUUACAAACAUGCAAACCAAAUGUUUCUAUCUCGUCGGGUUUUGUUUACUUUCAGCCUUUCAUUUCAGCUAUGCAGUGCGUUCUAUGCCUCGAAUGCCCGCCUCUGAUUGGUCCUUUGGCUCCCUGUAACCGUAUAAAAGAGAUGAUCUUGACCAUGGUAUCCACUUGAUAAUGAAAAUCGAUUGGGAGCUGUGUUUCCUCAGUUGAUAUCUUGAUCAUGGCUCAAAGACGCUGAUGUGUCAAUGACCGAAAUCAUUUUUGUUACGUCUGUGAACAAUGCAGACCCAUUUCUUCACUACUCUAGUCUGCCAACCACACACAUUUCGGUGUGAAGCUGGAAGAUCAGGAUAAGAUGUGGGCGCCACCUAUUGUUUGUGUGUCGUGUAAUCUUCUUCUGAGUCAGUGGCUCAGGUGCAAAGACAAGAUGUCCUUUGCAAUCCUCAUGGUGUGGAGGGAACCGGAGGAUCACACGACAGACUGUUACUUCUGUCUAACUACUUUCAUUGGAUUCUCCAACCAAAACAAGGACAGAAUUCGUUACCCCGAUCUUACCUCAGCUAUUCGAC